AUGUUCAUGUAUUUGCUUUUUCAGUAUGGAUUUAUAAAUACAUGCCUGAAGUCUUUGGUGGUUGAAAAGUAUGGUGAAGAAGCAUGGGAAAAAUUAAGGCUGCAGGCUGGAGUCCAGGAUUCUUUCUUGACUUUUGAGGUUUACAAAGAUGAGAUCACAAUGCAGCUCAUCGACAAAGCCUGCAAAAUACUAGGUAUCUUUAUUUUGCCAUGUGUUCCUGCUGACAUGGUUCUGAGAGAGUUUGGAGAGUACUUCUUUGCAUUCUGUAAACGCUCAGGCUAUGACCACAUGCUGAGGACACUGGGUGGAAAUCUCUAUGAGUUCAUAGAGAACCUGGAUGCAUUGCACAGCUACCUGUCCCUUUCUUACCAGGAGAUGAAUGCCCCAUCUUUUAGAGUGGAAAAGAACGAAGAUGGUUCAAUGCAUUUACAUUACUAUUCUGAUAGGAGAGGUCUGUGCCAUAUUGUGCCAGGAAUCAUUGGUGCUGCUGCCCUGGAUUUUUUUAACAUUGAGAUUUCAAUGGAAAUAGUCAAUCAAACAGAGGAAGAAGAAAGAACUGGUAAAAAAGAACAUACUGUUUUUCUUGUCACUCAAAAUCCUGUAUUUUCAUACAAGGAAAGAAAUAAAUUUUCUUCUUCACCUGAAUAUCUUGCUGACUCUGAAAAACAAAUUGAGAACCAACUGAAUAAAGAGGCCCUUGAAAAAGCCAAGAAUGCAAUUAGAGACAGAGGAAGCUCUGUUUGUCCUGUCAAGAAAAGUCACUGGAAAACAAUAAGAGGAAUAAUCACAUUAGGAAAAGGUAAGCUCCUGAGGGGAUUUGAUCCUGUUUAUCCCAAGACCCUCUGGAUUGACACAAAAACAUUUUGCAAUGGACUUCCUUUUCACAUGGUUUUUGACAAAGAGCUCAGAGUGAAGCAAGCUGGGGUGAGCAUUCAAAAGAUUGUACCUGGCCUUCAGACCAUGGGCAUCUGCUUGGAUCACUACUUUAGUAUCGUUCACCCAGAAGUGCCCUUCACCAUCUCGAGCAUUCAGAAAUUCAUCAACAGCCAGUUCGUUUUCCAGACUAGAAGAGAGAUGAUGCCAGAGACAUGGAAACAACGACCAAUGCUAGAGCUGAGAGGCCAGAUGAUCUGGAUGGAGUCCCUGCAGUGCAUGCUCUAUCUCUGCUCACCUCUGCUGCGCACUCUGCACGAGCUGGAGGAGCGCCAGAUGCACAUUGCAGACAUUGCACCUCACGAUGUGACCAGGGAUUUGAUUCUUCUCAAUCAGCAGCGACUGGCAGAGAUGGAGCUCUCUAACCAGCUGGAGAGGAAGAAGGAAGAACUGAGGAUCCUGUCGAAGCACCUGGAGGAAGAGAAGAAAAAGACUGAAGCUUUGCUCUACGCCAUGCUUCCUCAGCACGUGGCCAACCAGCUGAAGGAGGGGAAGCGAGUUGAGGCAGGAGAGUUCAAGGAGUGCACAAUAUUGUUCAGUGAUGUUGUGACCUUCACCAACAUUUGUGCCCAAUGUGAGCCCAUUCAGAUAGUUCUCAUGUUAAAUUCCAUGUACCUGCGAUUUGACAGACUGACCACAGUGCAUGAUGUGUACAAGGUGGAGACAAUUGGAGAUGCCUAUAUGGUAGUAGGUGGGGUCCCUGUGCCUGUACCCACUCAUGCUGAGCGAGUUGCCAACUUUGCCUUGGGGAUGAUAAUAGCAGCGAAAGGAGUAGAGAACCCAGUUUCUGGAAACCCUAUCCAAAUUAGAGUUGGGAUACAUACAGGUCCUGUCUUGGCUGGAGUUGUUGGAGAAAAGAUGCCUCGUUAUUGCUUGUUUGGAGACACAGUGAAUAUAGCUUCCCGGAUGGAGAGUCAUGGUGUCCCAAGUAAAAUUCAUCUAAGCUCCAGUGCCUAUCAAUGCCUAAAAUACAAGAAUUUUGAGAUGACUGAAAGAGGAGAAAUAGAAGUAAAAGGCAAAGGGAAAAUGCACACCUACUUCCUUGUUAGAAAUAAAACUGCAACUGAGAAUGAGAUUAUGGGAAGGCCAAUGAAAGACCUAGAUUCUGGCCAUGAAUCUGUUCAGUCCUUUCAAGAAGGCAGGACUGAAACAAUACCAAGUUGUCACCAGCCAGCUACUCAGACUCAGCCAGAGAAGGACCAGACCCCAGCCAUUGCAAUGAAGUAUAUUGAUGGCCCCACAGAUUCACAAAACAGCCUCAAAAGAAGAAAUCAAGCUAAAAUUGCACACUUAACAGGCAAAACUUAUGAUUCCAAGAGUGAUGGGAGUCUCCAUGGCAACCAGCAUGCAGAUGAUGGUCCUGGUCCUCUAAACCGGGGAAGAGUCAAACCUGCUACUGAAGAGCCACAGAUGAGAAAUGUUCGCUCUAAUUUUUGCACUUUACUCUAA